AAAUCCUCCUAAAUAAUUUGGUAAUUCGGACCAUUGGCCGGACUGGCCCGGCUCCACUGCAGGAGAGGGAGCGGGAAACGACGAGCCAGGGGGAGGAGAAAUCACGCGAGAUCCACGAGUCACAAGGGAGGUUACCCGAUCUCGGUGGCCGCCGGCGAAGCUUCAAGUGUUGAAUGGGAAGGUUGCAUGACAUUUGGAGAGAUGAAUAGGGUCAUGAAUUUAAGAUUUUAUAGUUCAAAAGUUGAAUGGAAGAGGCUAAGACCUAUGAUUCUAAAAAGAAUUAGGAACCGGGCUGGAGAUUAUCCUGUAAAAAGCAUGAUUCCCGUUGCGGAAGAUGUUCUUGAAGCAAGAAAGCUUUUAAGAGUUGGUAUUUCUGUCCUCCUUAAAUUUAUACCGGUCAAAUCAUGCAAGUUCUGCCCCGAGGUUUUCAUUGGAUCUAGAGGCCAUGAAAUUAGAACUUGCCGUGGCUACAAACAAAACAUCAAUGGCGGCAUCCACAACUGGAUUGACGGUGACAUCAACGACAUCCUCAUUCCUGUCGAAGCCUUCCACCUGCAGACUAUGUUUCAAAAAAUUAUCAAACACGAGCAGCGAUUCGACUUCGAUCGCAUACCCGCAGUACUCGAACUAUGCUAUCAGGCAGGCGCCGACAUUUCGAACGAAAUUCUGCCCAAUCCCAACUCUAUUCCAGAUAAUUGGAUCGACGUCAAGGCUGAUGAAAUCAGUCGAAUCGCUCAGAACACAAUGGAUGCUUGGGAAAGACUGAGGGUAGGAGUACAGAAGCUUUUGCUGGUUUACCCGGCUAAAGUUUGCCAGCAUUGCUCUGAGGUUCAUAUUGGACCAUCUGGGCACAAGGCGAGGCUAUGUGGCGUGUUUAAGUUCGAGGGAUGGCGGGGGAUUCACAUGUGGAAGAAGGCGGAGGUCGACGACUUGGUGCCGCUUAAGCUGGUCUGGCAUCAGAGGCCGCAUGAUCCUCCGACGCUGUUGGACGGUGGUCGUGGGUUUUACGGGCAUGCGCCUGCUGUUGUGGAAAUCAGCUUGCAGGCAGGUGCGAGAAUUCCUAAGAAGUACUAUUGUAUGAUGAAAAUGCAAGGUUUGCCACCUCCUUGUUAAGGAAGAUUUACAUGCAUACCGCUUGAUUCUUAUGUAUUUUUACAUUACUAACACUUGAACUUCAACUUCUACAUAUAUGUGACCUUGUUAAUGAAAAGUUUAUUCCACUUCUUAAAAGUUAAAAUAAUGGUAUUAUUGAUGUGAUGUGACAUGAAAGAUUUGGGUGGCAUAAC